UGCUCUAAAUUCUGUAUUGUAUUCAAGACUGUUUAAUGGUGAUCAUGUUGGCUAAAUAAGUGAAGAACGUAAAGACGUUGUUGAUAAUAAGACAUUGUGGUUUGAAGUGGAUAAUUUCGGCAAUGGCGAACUACAAAAAGCAGCAAGAGCUUGUCUGAUAGCUAAGCCUAACGGCACACCUUCAUCAGCAACCUGAAGCUUCAUUUCACCUGAAGACAAAUGACUUUACAUCAAUGGCAUAUCAAUUGGAGCAGCAAUCACCGCGACAUCUUCCAAAAUUAUCAAGACACUCUAAUCCCUACCACAUAAAGAGACCAAUGAACGCCUUCAUGGUCUGGUCAAGACUGCAACGGAAGAAAAUAUCGAUGAUGAACCCAAAGCUACACAACUCAGAAAUAUCAAAACGCUUAGGACUGGAAUGGAAGAGUUUGGAUGAAACGGAGAAGAGGCCUUUCAUUGAUGAAGCUAAGAGAUUACGGAUCAAACACAUGCAGGAUUAUCCUGACUACAAAUACCGUCCGAGGAGGAAGAACAGGUUGGAUACAGCAGCGUUUUCCAAUCCAGCACUUUAUACGACCAGGGAGACUUUUGUAGAAGUGGAGCCUCGACCAGAGCCGAGUUAUCAGACGCUUUCGUAUCCAGAUCAGUUCGUGUAUAACAAUAUGAUCAGCUACACAGUGCCUUCGAUACCCCAGCCAACGUUUGUGCCUACUUCUAUGAGGCCUAAGGAAGAACCGUUGCCCAGCUUGGAUUUGAGGCCUCUGCCGUCGAUUGAGAGCAUAUCCCCGAGGCCUUUUGCAGUUGUGAACCAGCAGAUGAUGGUGAAGGCUUAUCAGGACCUGCAUUACGUGCCUGGUGACGUCACAAGGAUCUCUUAUCACUACCCGUUUGGGGUGCAGUAGUCGUGUUUUGUUUUUUAAGUUUUUUGAGGCCAUAAUGUAAUUUUAAGCCGUAGAAAGUACAGCUAACCUUUGUUAAUGCUUGUGAUUUUUUAGUUUUGUUUAAAAGUAAAGCUAGUGCACUUUAGUUACCUAAUCUAUAAA